AUGAAUGAGAAUUAUUUACUGAAAUCAUAAGCUAAAAAGAAGGAUGCCCUUAUAGUACAAUUAUUAGAAAAGAAAAUAAAGGAAGGUGAAUAAGCUUUGAAAUCUGAAAGAAAAGGAAAAAAAAAUGGAUCUCAAACAAGGAGGGAUGAUAAAGAUUUAAGAAUUCACACAAGACUUAAAACUCUGAUUGAUUUAUUGCCAGAAGGGUUUUGA